AUGCAAGUUGACCACUACGUCAAAAUCGUAGUGAUGGACAUGGGCCACUACUACAUACGAGUUGGAAUCCUUCGAGAUCAACCCACAGAGCCGGAUUACUGCAUACCCAACUCAAUUGCCUUGACAUCCAAAGGUUUGUUGUUUGGUGAUGCUGUACCUCGAAUUGCAGAUCCUGCGGAAAGCCAAGAGCUCGGAACUACCUCCGUCAUUUCACCCCUUCGACAAAGUCAGAUUAUUAAACCGAUAUUAGUCAAUGGAAUCCCCAUUCAGAAGAUCCUCUUUCAAAAUGUAAUCAAGCGACUGGAUCUGACUGACAAGGAUUACAAAUUACUGCUCUGUCUUCCAACACGAGCAUCCGCACUACGCCCAUAUUUCCUCGAUUACUUUAUUGGACCAUCCUCAAAGACCGAUCAGCAGGGUUUGGACUGCUUCAAAUCUGUUGCCACAAUAUCCGCCUUCCGCGCUGCACUACAGACUGCCAAAAUCUCAACUUGUCUCUUAAUCUCCCUUAAUGCUGACCUCGAAAUCAUUCCCAUAGCUGAAGGUUAG